AGAUAUUUAUUCACCAUCAAUAUUUAACACGUUUAUACAAAGCACAAAAUUCGCCUAUAGACGAAAAAUGAAGAUACCAAUAUUGGAGAAUUAUAUGUUCGACGAACCAUCGAUUUGGGUUACCGUAACAACGAUAGCGACGUUGAUAUCGACGUUAUACUUGGGUUUUGCAGAGAUUAUGGGGAAUCAUCUUCAGUAUUCCAAAUUUGCAAACUCUAAAAAGAAAACUUCAACAACUAAUAAACAAGAAGCAGGUGUUAAGAUAUCAAGUAGAACUGGUAUGUUGAUAUUCUAUACGCCCGCCUUCCUUGCAGGACUUGUUUCCUUUUUCCUUUUUCCGGGUGGCGAUUUCAGAUUCUUUUUGCUUAAAUUUGCUGUUACCUUUCAUUUCUUCAAGAGGGAUCUAGAGGUUCUAUUUGUUCACAAAUACAGUGGCGGCAUUAUUCUAGGUUCGGUCAUUCUCAUCUCCGGGUUCUACUUAUCAAUGGCUGCAGGCUUGAUCACUGUACACUAUCUUACCCUCGGGCUACCAGAGCCAUCCGUCGAUCUCAAAUACAUUGGUUUGAUCAUUUAUAUAGUAGGAAUACUCGGAAACUUCUAUCACCACAAUCUCCUCUCAGAUCUAAGAAAAAACAACGAAAAAGAGUACAAGAUUCCUCAAGGUGGACUCUUUAAUCUGGUUAUUUGCCCACAUUAUAUGUUUGAAAUCGCUAUAUUUGUUGGUAUAUCUUUUAUUAGCCAAACACCAUUGGCUUUUGCCUGCACUUUUGGUGACUCCUUAUACUUGAUUUCUAGGAGUUAUGUGACUAGAAAAUGGUACGCAAACAAGUUUGAGGACUUUCCGAAACACAUCAAGUGUGUGAUUCCUUAUUUAUUCUGAAAAAUACAGUAGAUCAGUAGAUGUUAGAAAGUGUACAUGAUGUGUGAAAUCAUGUCAUAUUUUUUCUCCUUGUAAUAUCUGAAUAAACUUCAAUAAACAUGUUAUAUUCGAAUAAA